CAUCCAUGGUGUAAAGGGUUUGUUUGGGAUUUGUUUUUAUUUCAUUUCCCACAAAUCCCAACAUCAAACUCAAUCAAUCCAUUUUGAAACUGCCAAAAAAAAGUUUUUUUUUCUUUUGUUAGUUUUUUUUUUUUUUUUUUAUAAAUUUUGGGAGCUUUUAAAAAAUAUUCUUCACAAACCCUGUUGAAAUUUGAUCAAGCAAAUAAAAAAAAGGGAGAAAAAGGGGUGCAUUUGAUGAAUUUUUGUGUGUUUUAUUGGAUUUGUAAAGGGUUGGUUUGGGAUUCUUGAAAGAUGUUGUGUGGGAUGAUCCGCAAGAAAAAGAAGACAGGGACUCCGGUGUAUAUAAAUGUGUAUGAUCUUAUGCCCGUUAACCGUUACACGUAUUGGUUUGGCCUUGGAUUCUAUCACUCUGGUGUUCAAGUUUACGGGGUCGAGUAUGCAUUUGGUGGUAGUGACAGUUCAAGGCCCGGGAUUGUUAAACUGGAACCAAGACAUUUUCAAGGUUUACAUGUAAGAAAAUCUAUUCUAAUAGGAAGAACAGAAAUGAAUGAAAAAGAAUGUCAAGAAUUCAUAAAAAAGAUAGCAAAAGAGUAUCCUGGAAAUAGUUACAACAUCAUUUACAGGAACUGCAAUCACUUCGCCAACGAUACUUGUCGAAGGUUGACCAAAAAGUCAAUCCCUGGCUGGGUCAACCGGCUCGCUCGACUCAAUUUUCUUUAUUCUUGUCUUCUUCCCGAUGGUUGGAAUGAAAUACCGCCUCGACCAGCAGUUGCAGCUACGCGUAACAUCAAGUAGAAGCUGAGAAACUCAUUGAAACAAGUCUCAAGCAUCUGCUAAUCUAGCGUCGCGCCCUAAACUCUAAACCCUAACUCGUCACUGUGUUGAUGUUCGAGGGAACGGAACGUGAUGGGCUACGAAUGUGAAUAUUGUUCACUUGUAAAG